UGUUUUUGACCUGAACAGAUCUUUUAUUCAGUGUGUAAUUAUAGUAAUAGCACAACCUACUGCCAAAAAGAGAAUGUCUUUGUCCAGGAUGCAGAGCCUGAGCGUGGUAGCCUUGCUGGAGGAUUGCUCAGACCAGCUGGACAUACUGGUACACAGUUUAACUGUGCAGAUCAGCAGGGAGCGGGACAGUGCAGCUGCACAGGAGCGAGCCAGACUGACCAAGCUAAGGAGGGACUGUCAGUACAUCCAGCAGCAGAUUUUCAAGCUGCUUUCAGAGCUGGAGGAGAAGCAGACUUUCACCUCUCUGCUGCAGGUGGUGGAGGAAGAGGAGCAGAGGAAGAAGGCUGAGAAAAUGCAAAGAGAGGGAAAGAGGGAGCUGAAGCAGAAAAAAAAAACUCUACAGAGACAACAAAAGAAGCUCCAACAGAAUAUAGAGAAAUAUGAGGACUUGUGCCGGCACAUGACAGGCCUGAGGCGUCAGCUGGAUGAGCAGUCCUUGCAGGCUGCUACCUGGAGGAGGAUUGUGGACAAAGAGGCUGAGCUGCAGCUACAACUGGCACAAAACAGGACCAGUCAGGCUGAGAAGGGGAUGGAGGAGCAGCUGGAGGAGCAGUAUGAGAUGCUCCAGAAACAGCAGAGGGAGGAGGUGAAAGUUCACGAGGUGUCAAGUCAAUACCAGCAAAAUCAUCAAAAGAGCUUGCAGCAGCAGCUGCAGCAGUUGCGGCAGCGCACAGAGCUGAUGCUGCUGGAGAAGACGGAGCAGCUGAACAACGUGUGCCGCAAAAGAACAGUGAACUUGGACAAACUGUCAGAGAUGAGGAGAAGGUUAAGGGAGAUGGAGGAGGUUAAGAUGGAGGACAGGCAGGAGCAGGAGAAACUGCGCCACCAGAAGGCAGAGACCAGAGCUGUUACCAUGCUGCAGGCCUGGUGGAGAGGCUGCAUGGUCCGCAGAGGCCUUGGCAGUUGUAAAAAAGCAGAGGAUGGCAAGAAGGGCAAGAAAGGCAACAAGAACCAAGAAGGAAAAGAGAAGAAGAAAAAAUGAUCUAU